UUUUGGGAGAUCCCCAUUCGCUUUCUCGUUCUUUCCCCGUAUUUCUUCUUAAUUUUCCCGAGAAAAUCGGCAGAGUCAAGCUUCCAUUGUCUCAAAAGAAAAACCAAUCUCUCCGUCUUCAUGGCUUCAGAUUUUGCCUUAUCAGUUCCUGAUGAACCUGAAUCAGCUUUGAGGUUGAAGGCGGUUCAUUACUUUGUAACGAAAAGGCCUUGGCUUGAUCUCUAUGGAGUUAAUGUUAGGCCUGUUGCACCAGUUGGGAGUGUAAGCAGGAAACCAUAUGUUGAUCCGGCACUAAUACAUCAUUGUUUACCCGAUGAACUGCUCUUUGAGGUCUUUGCAAGAAUGAGUCCAUAUGACUUGGGAAGGGCAGCUUGUGUAUGUCGGAAAUGGAAGUACACAAUUCGUAACCCUGUAUUUUGGCGUAGUGCAUGCCUGAAGGCUUGGCAGCUCUCUGGAGUUGUGGAAAAUUAUAAAAUUGUUCAGUCAAAAUAUGAGGGAUCAUGGAGGAAAAUGUGGCUUUUAAGACCAAGGGUCCGUGCAGAUGGUCUUUAUGUGAGUAGGAACACAUAUAUUCGUGCUGGAGUUGCAGAGUGGAAAGUCACCAAUCCAGUGCAUUUGGUAUGCUAUUUCCGUUACAUGAGGUUUUUCCCUUCCGGAAGAUUUCUGUACAAGAAUUCUUCGCAAAAGGUCAAAGAUGUGGCAAAAUGCAUGAACUUCCGUGCAUCUAAAACAGACUGUGUUUUUAGAGGCCAUUUCACAUUAUCAGAUGACCAGGUUGAAGCCGCAGUCUUGUACCCUGGCAUGCGUCCUACUGUGUUGAGAAUCCGCUUGAGGUUAAGAGGAACAACAGCCGGGGCUAACAAUCGUAUGGAUCCACUCUCACUUGUUACUAGUGGUGUGGAUGAUAAUGAGGCCAACAACCCUGAUGAGGACAUCCUUGGGGUGGUUGAAGGGUGGCAGGAUGAUGAAUCACACAACCCAGAUGUGCCUGCAGUCUCACACAGGAGGGGCCUAAUGCCUUUUGUCUUCAUCCCAUUUGAAGAGGUGGAAACUUCGGUUCUGAAUCUGCCUGUGGAAAAGAUGGAUUAUUUUGUACCCGGUUGAUACUUCAAAAGAUCGAGGAUCUUCCUUCUGUAUAUAAAUAGCUCAAUUCCUUCGCAUCUUUUGUCAUCUGGGUUCCUUUAUUUUGUGUAUAAAUAACGCUGGAAUCAUGAAGCAACUUGAUGUUUAGUUCAUGUCAUUAGUUAUGGCUAAGGCUUCAGUGCGUUCUGUCUUGUAUUUUGCUUAUGGAAUUCAUUGUCGUGUUGAUGGUGAAACCAUGUACUAUUGUUAUCCUGUAUAAUCGUUUGUGGAUAUAAAUCUUACCUUAGCUCCUAGUUUUUUAA